UAGUAAUGGCCGCCUACAUGAGCAAGAAUGAUCGGUGUGAAAUUAAAUUAAAUUUGCGGCGUUAGUGAUCAGUGUACUAGUAUGACUUGUGUAAAGAGAAUUGUUAAUUAUCCCUAAGGAUGGGAAUAUUAAUCUUAUCCCUAUAUUUUGCAGGAAUAGUGUCAUUUGCUCAAGGAAUACCCCAGCUUCUGUUCGCCAACCGGAAAGAUAUCCGUCUUGUCAAUGUCACCGGUGGAAAACCAAACGUGACAGUCGUCGUGGGCAACCUUGACGAUGCGGCUGCAGUGGAUUUCAUGUAUAGCGAAGGUUACAUUUUCUGGACGGAUAUCAAUAUUGAGGUGAUACAACGAGCUGUUAUAAACCGCACACAGCAAACAAGGACAGGAAUUAUCACUACCGGACUUGUCUCCCCUGAUGGCUUGGCAUGUGACUGGAUUGGGAAGAAAUUGUACUGGACAGAUGCUGAAACCAACCGAAUCGAGGUCAGCAAUGUAGAUGGAAGUUACAGGAAAGUCCUUUACUGGGAAGAUCUUGACCAGCCUCGGGCCAUUGCUCUGGAUCCAUUUCGAGGGUACAUGUAUUGGACCGACUGGGGAGAAGUACCAAAGAUCGAACGUGCAGGAAUGGAUGGCAGUUUGAGCACACGUACUGUAAUUGUUGAUGAAAACAUCUAUUGGCCAAAUGGACUUACAAUUGAUUACGAUGAUGAAAAAGUAUUUUGGGCAGAUGCAAAAAACAGUUACAUCCAUAGCUGUAAUUUUGAUGGUACACAUCGAAAAGUGAUAAUUGAUAAAGAUCUCCCGCACCCGUUCGCGCUCACAUUAUAUGGAGAUAACCUUUAUUGGACAGAUUGGCAGACAAAAGCUUUACAUACGUGUAACAAGAGGACAGGGAUUGAAGGCAAGAUCAUUCUGAUGGAUAUACACUCGCCCAUGGAUAUACACGUGUUUGAUGCCAACAGACAGCCAGAAGGUGAAAAUCCAUGCGGCUCUAACAAUGGCGGGUGCUCUCAUCUGUGUCUGAUGUCACCUAUCCCUCCUCGAUACAAGUGUGCUUGUCCAACUGGAGUCCGCUUGCUCAGCGAUCAGAAAACUUGUGCAGAUGGUGUAGAGGAGAUGUUGCUGCUGGCUCGUAGGACUGACCUGAGGAGGAUCUCACUGGACACCCCAGAUUUCACAGACGUAGUGCUACAGCUGGACAAUAUCAAACACUCUAUUGCCAUAGAUUAUGAUCCAGUGGAAGGUUAUGUGUACUGGACUGAUGAUGAAGUUAGAGCUAUAAGAAGGGCCUUCCUCAAUGGCACAGGUCAGAUGGUGUUGAUUGACACAGAAGUUGAUCAUCCAGAUGGAAUUGCCGUCGACUGGAUUGGACGUAACCUUUACUGGACUGAUACAGGCACCGAUCGCAUUGAAGUUGCUCGAUUAAAUGGAACAUCGAGGAAAAUACUGAUCUCAGAAAAUUUGGACGAGCCAAGAGCAUUAUGUUUGGAUCCGGAAAGAGGGACGAUGUGGUGGACUGACUGGGGUGCUGUUCCGAAAAUAGAGACAGCCUACCUUGACGGAACCAAUCGUAAAACUGUGAUUGAUCGAGACCUGGGCUGGCCCAAUGGUAUUGUUGUCGACUAUGCUGAAAACAAGAUUUACUGGUGUGAUGCAAAACUGGACAAAAUUGAAGUGGCCAAUAUGAAUGGUACAGGACGACGUGUUCUAGUCAAAGACAAUCUACCUCAUCUCUUUGGAUUUAGUUUACUGGGUGAUUAUCUGUAUUGGACGGAAUGGCAGAGACGGUCAGUAGAGAGAGUAAACAAGAAGAGUGGUGGAAACAGGACACUCAUUAUAGAUCAGUUACCAGAUCUCAUGGGGCUUAAAGCAGUCAAAGUAAAGAAAGCUGAAGGUACGAAUGAAUGUGCAAACAGUAAUGGCUGGUGUAGUCACCUGUGCCUGUAUACGCCAAAAGGUGCCCAGUGUGCCUGCCCAAUGGGACUGGAACUCAUCAGUAAAGGCAAAAAGUGUAUUGUGCCGGAAGCCUUUCUUCUCUUCACGAGGGAGCAGGAUAUUAAACGUGUGUCUCUGUCGGAAUCCCAUAGAGUUGUUCCUAUACCACUUAAAGAUAUCAAGAAAGCCAUGUCUAUAGAUUUUGAUAUCGGAGACAAUAGAAUCUACUGGACGGAUGGUGGAGAUUUGCCGUCUAUAAGCCGAGCUUUCAUGAAUGGUAGUUCUAUAGAGAAGAUUAUAGAUUUUGGGAUCGAAGGACCUGAAGGAAUGGCCGUGGACUGGGUCGCACGCAAUAUUUAUUGGGCUGAUUCUAAAACAAAUCGUAUAGAAGUUGCUAGACUUAGUGGGGCUUCAAGGAGAGUGUUGGUGUGGGAAGGUCUGAGUCACCCAAAAGCUAUUGCGCUGGAUCCACCAAAUGGAUACAUGUACUGGAUAGACUGGUCUCAACCUCCGAAGUUAGAGCGUGCCUGGCUCGAUGGAACUAACCGGGAAAUUCUGCCCGUCCAGUUCGGCCGUGUGUAUGGUCUGACGAUAGACUACACAGAGAAGCGUCUUUACUGGACUGAUAUUGACAAUAAAUGUAUAGAAUCAGCUAAUAUGUUAGGUGAGGAUCGCAAAAAAAUUGUCCAAUCAGAUAUCGAGAAGCCAAUGGCCUUGACCCAAUAUCAGGAUUACUUAUACUGGACAAACUUGGAGAAAAAGACUAUAGAGAAGGCAAACAAAACAACAGGAAACAAUCGGACUGUAGUUCUAGAAUAUGUGGAUAGUGUAAUGGAUCUACUUAUCUUUCAUGGCUCUCGACAGUCAGGUUGGAAUAGUUGUCUAGGAAACAAUGGAAAGUGCUCCCAUCUCUGUCUUGCCCUACCAGACGCUGUCAAUAACACUGACAGACAUAAAUGUGCCUGUCCCACUCAUUACACGCUGGAUUCAAACAACCGAACAUGUUCACCACCCAAGUCUUUCAUAUUGUUCAGCCAGAAGACGGAGAUAAGUCGGCUAAUCGUAGACGAUGGAAAAUCGGACACAGCUCCUGAUGUUGUUCUGCCCAUUCAAAGUUUAAACAGAUUGAAAGCUAUUGAUUAUGAUCAAAAGAAUGGUCACGUGUACUGGAUCAGCGGAAAGUCAAAGUCAAUAAAGCGUGCAAAGAUCGAUGGAUCUGAACCUGAAAAAAAUGUCAUCAAUCUCCCAGGGAUACGACCUUUUGACCUAGCCAUUGACCCCUACUCUCGUGUGCUGUUCUACUCAUGUUCUUUGAAUAAUGUGAUAAAUUUUACACAUAUUGAUUCUGAGACAAGAGGAACAGUGGUCAAGGGAAAUUUUGAACCUAGAUACCUAGCAUUGAAUCCAGAAAAAGGGUAUUUGUUCUGGACAAACAAUGAUGUGAUCACAAGGACUUUAUUUGAUGGCACAGAGCACGUGGAUAUCUUCGUGUCCAAAUUAUCAAAGCUGGGUCCAAUAACGGUCGACCCAGAAACCAACGUGCUGUUUUGGGUCGACCUUGAAGAUCAGGUCAUCGAGUGUGGGGAUUUCCAUGGGGGAAAUAGAAAACAGUUGUUCAGCGGAAAGGCAGAUAAUAAUAUACAGACAGUGGUUGGACUCGCUGUUUUCAGAGACUAUUUGUAUUGGGUGGAUAAUGAUAAGAGACUGAUUGGUCGAGUCAAUAAAAGAACGGGUAGAGAGUUAAAAUUUGUUCAAGGUCGUGUACCAAACUUAAGUGAUAUUCAUGCAGUAAUCAAUCUUGAUCAAGUGGAUGUUUUGAAGCAUCCAUGUGGGAAAGAUAAUGGUAACUGCUCGCAUCUGUGUUUUACUAAAGAGUCUGAAAAAGCUCAGUGUUCGUGUCCGAGUAAUUUAGUUCUUAGGAAUGAUGAACGCUCGUGUGCGGAAAAAACUACAUGUUCUCCCGAUCAGUUCACGUGUAAAACGGGAAAUAAGGAAUGUAUUCCAAAACAGUGGUACUGUGAUGGGUCAGCUGACUGCGGAGAUAAAUCGGAUGAAGCGGAUUGUCCUGUUUGUGACAUAGGUAAAUAUAUGUGUAAAGAUCGUGAAUGUAUUCUUGAGUCACAGGUUUGUGACGGGAAAUUUCAGUGUAGAACAAAAGAAGAUGAAGACGGUUGUUGUGAAAAGGAGUCGCAAAUCAAAUGUGCUGAUGGAUCAAAGUGCUAUGAGAAAAGUAACCGCUGUGAUGGCAAAUACGAUUGUGUGGAUCAUUCGGACGAGGAGAGUUGUCCGGAUAUUGUUAGUGAAACUACUACGCAGUCUCUCUCUGCUCAUGUUAUUGUUGCCAUAGUAGUUGGAGUGUUUUUUAUAAUUGUUGUUAUUGCUGUCGUUUUUGCGUGCAGACGUAAAACUCCAGACGCUCAUUACGACGAUCACGUUAUGAUAGCAUUAACGAAACAUUCUAACUCUAGUGAAACGCCCAAUAAUACUCUUGGAAAGAGAAGUAAAAAGCAUGAACGUAAACCUUUGAUAAUGACAACAUUAUCGCUAGGAUCUGAAAGUGCUAAUGUGUAUGAUCGUAGUCAUGUAACUGGUGCCUCAUCGAGCAGCUCUGCUGUUACACAAUAUCCCAAAGAAACGUUAAAUCCUCCGCCAAGUCCUGUUACGGACAGGUCUGUGUGUGCGGAAAAUUUCUUUGACUAUACAACAAAUAGCCCAUCAACUAUUCGUUCAUUUAAACAUAAACAUCGGAGAAGACACGUACCACCCCCACCCACAACGCCUUGCAGUACGGAUGUGUGUGAAGACAGUGAACCAUAUUUCCGGAAUAAAUAUUUUAACAAUUCAAGGGUGGAGUUGAACUAUGACUCGGAUCCAUAUCCCCCACCCCCUACACCUCGCAGUCAUUAUUUUUCAGACAUUGAUGUGACGAGUUGUCCGGACUCGCCUACUACUGAGCGGAGUUAUUUCAACCCAUACCCACCUCCCCCAUCACCAGUUGCUAAUUCGGACUGCUGAUACAUGUUAAGCCAUGAGCUCUAACUGUAGCUCGUCAUCAGAUUUAAAUCACUUUUUAAAUUAAGUUAUACACUUAUAUAAGUAAUAUAUUUAAAAAACAGACCCAAGAUUUAAGGAGAAUUUGUAUUAUAUGCAGGCUGUAAUUUGCAUUGAAAAGGUUUUUUACCAUAUAGGUUAAAUUAUGAUUUAAUGUUAUUGCAGUUCAUCUGUUAUUUACAUAGAAAAAACACCAUCUGAAAUGAUGUCGGAUUCAAAUUAUUCAUAGAUCUAAAACAUUACUAAAGAUUUGUUUUGAAAGUUUACCUGCAUAAGGAAGCUUGCUGCCUUAAUUUUCAUUAUUUAACAAUGCUUUUGUCAGUACCUGGCAAGUGUCGUCAGUCACCCAUCAUCUGGAGACUUUCGACUACAUGAGCAUGUUUUUCAGUGCCACUUUGUGAUAUUAUUAAGCAAUUUUUCGACUAUUUUUUCUUUUUCUUUUUGUUUUUCCUUUUUUUUUUGACUGCUGAAACAGGAUUUUAUUUAACUUUUUUUUUUCUUGAUAGGUUCUCCUAUAUCUGUAAAUGACUACUAUACAGCGCUUUUCUUUGACUUCUUUCAGUGAAAACUCCAUUUAUAAUGCCAAGAAAAUUGAGAGCAAUUUAAAGAUUUUCUUAAAUGAUGAAUAAAGUGAUCUCUCUAACUGUGAAUCUAUACAUACUUCUGCAAUGUUUUAGCUCAUUGUUAGGCUGCAGGUAAUAUUUUUCUGUUUUUAAGCUUGUAAUAAUAAUGAUCUAAAUUUACUAUGCAUUUACAUUGCUUUUGCAUCUAUAUAUGAGCCGCGCCAUGAGAAAACAAACACACUGCGUUAGCGACCAGCAUGAAUCCAGACAAGCCUGCGCAUCCGCGCAUCAGGAUCCAUGCUGUUCGCCUUCAAAACCUAUUGCAGUUAGAGAAACUGUUAGCGACCUGCAUGGAUUUUGAUCAGACUGCGCAGAUGCGCAAGCUGGUCUGGAUCCAUGCUGGUCACAAAGCCACUUAGUUGGUUUUCUAAUGGCGUGGCUCAUAUCGACCUUUAUAUUUACAAUUUCUAAAGAACUCGCAUGGCUGUGAUGUCACAAAAAGGUUGAACAUUUUAGAAGUCACAAUGCUCAUUUGCUGGCAGUUGGUAUGUAUCAUGUUGUCAAUAAGGUACAUGGAUUUUACUACAUGUUUUCAACGGAAGCGAAAUUAGAAUGUUAGAUACUGCUGAAUUAUGAAUUUUCAUUUUUAGUGUGUGAUAAUUAAGAAGUUGAGAUUUGAUAUGUGUGUACUGGUAUGUGUAUGUCAGAGGUGUCAAAAACCAGAAUAUGGCAAGCUUCACAUACUUUUUAUCACAAUGUUUGCUGUUUAUGUAAAAAUUAGGGAUGGCAACGGUUAACCUAGUACUCAUUCGGUGUUCCUAGUACCGAUUACGAAAUUUAGUAAUCGAGUACUUGGAAAAAAAUAAAUAAAAGAAAAAAGUCUAGAAACACAUCAAUUUCAAUGCAGCCGUUUAAACGACACCAAAGUGUCUACCUGUCAUCUUUUCGAGCAGUUACCCAGGUUAUACAAACACAUAGGUGUGAAUUGAUGCGCAAUGGUCAGUAAUGACCCCUGACAGGUAACAUUUGUUUGCAAAAUCAUGAUUGCUGUAAAUUGUAAUUUUGCUGCUUAUUGCAGUACUGCUUGUAUCAUAAACAAUUAGAAAAUCACACCACACCUGUAGGCAAACUUUAAAAUUAGCGGUACAUCAUAAACAACAUAAUCCUUUAUAAUUUAAACAAUAAACCGGUCCAAUUUUAGCCGACUUCGCAAUUUGCUCCAGAAGUUUGGCUUAGCAUUUUGUUAGUUGAGAUAUUAAAUGAGCUAUUAAAUUUUAAAAGCACAAAGUAAUUAUUUACAACUGUAUCCAAUGACAAAAAAGUUUUUUAAACAAUCUAUCCACUGCUUAUGGGAGCCGUGGUGAAACAUCUAAUGAUUUUGAAUUAUCUCCUUUUAAUAGUGAACAAAUGCUAAAUACGGCCGAUUCUCGCCUUACGGAAGCCACUUAUAACAAGUAACCGAGUACUUGAUAGAAAAAUCGGUGAGUACUCGGGUACCUAAUUCAGUACCUGUUGCCUUCCCUAGUAAAAAUAUAUACCUGAAGAACAUAAAUCUGUAGUUAUAAACAUGCAACUUUUGGCAAAGAAAGAGACUUCAUUUAAUUUUGCUGACAAUGUACAUCUGAUAUUAAUUACUUGUUUUUUUUUUGUUUAUACAUAUAGAUGUACAUGCAUCUGUCUUGAAAUCUGGACGGCAUUAUUGAGUAGUGUUAAACACGUCUUUGUGAUAGUUGAAAAUAUAUCUGGUGUAAAAGUAUUUUUUGCAGUCUGAGAGCAAAAGAGUCAAAAGUAGAGGUAUUCCGGAGAAAUAUGGAUAAUGAAUUAACAUGAAUUCUGGUUGUAUCUUUCACUCAACAAUGCUCCAGUGCUCCACUGAAAUUACAUCUUUCUAUAGAUGAUUUAUGCUUGGAAAAAAAUAAACAAAUUUUUGUUUGAAACAUUAACACAAAUCACACUAUUGAAUAGUCAACAAGGUUUUGAACGAGAAAAACCCAUGCAGAUUGACCUUGCUUUUGUAAUAGGGCACCUUGAUUUUCAUUUAUUUCAUUUACUGAUACAUUUAUUAUAUAUAUCUCAUAUGUUGCAUAGAUUGUUUCAUUUUGCCUUAGAACGAUGUGUGUUAUUUCACACUAGUUCAGUGAAUUGUAGUGCCUAAGCUCAUCAGACUUGAAUUUUAGAGGAUAACUAAAUAAAUAGCUUGAUAAAUGUUUGUACGAAGCUUUUAUAAGCAGAUAUUUAAUCUGAUAAUGUAAAAUCAAAAAUAUUUGGGAGAAAUUAAGUUUUGCACUUAUUUCAGGAUUUUUAUUGUUUUGUAAAAGUAAGUCCUUGGGCACAUUAACAAUUUAAUUGAAAAUUAAACCUUUAAGAGACUGUUUUUUUGAAUUUCACAAAUUAAGCUUACGUGAAAAUCUCCUGCAUUGCAGUGUGUAGUGUUAAAGCAUUUUUCAGGCAAUUUUCAUUGUAUUUAUAAAUCAUCUUUUGCACAAGGCUUAUUUAGACUGUAGUGAAUUGAAAGUUUUCAAUAAUUUGCUACCUCAUCAUUUGAUUUGUGUACAUACUUUUAUACAAUGUUUGUUACUAUUCAUGGUACUAGAACGUGAUUAUUUUGUCACCAUUUUUUGGUGAAAAUACAUACAUGUGCUUUUAUAAUAUAACGUUUUUGUGAUGUCAGAUAUACCUUAUAAAUUAUGUAUGGAGAGUAGAUGUAGAUAUUUUUAGUUGACUAUAUAUUUUGGUGAGAAAUAAGUAAUGCUAGAUUUUGAUUCAAAUGUCUCUGCCAAGCCAAUAGAGAAUUGGUGAUUCUACCCUGUUGCCCCAUGUAGUUCUGGGAUGAUCUGUGUGUGAAAAGAAUUGGAACCACUGCCUUACCCUUGUAUGAUCGUAAGAGGUGACUAAUAGGGUCUUUAUACUUGGUUUUGCUGUAACUCUGUGAUUCCAGCGGGUAUGCAAAUUUUGAUUCCAUACCUCAUGUUUUUAUUUCGAUGUAAAUGAGAUGUUGAACCAAAAUUUGUAGUCCUGUUUGGCGCCAUAUAACCUAUACUGUGUUGGUGUGCCGUAAAAUCCAAAUAAAUAAAUAAAUCAACCCUGGUACCAGCCGGUGCCUGAAAUAAUAUUCCUUGGGGAGCUUUGGUUCCUGGUCCACAAUUGAACCUGGAAUGUCACCAGAUGACCUAAAUUGUGUCAGCAUGACUGAUAAUCUAACAAAACAGGCCAGUAGCUCUUGUCUUGAACUUAUAUAAAUCUAAUACCGGAAAAAAUGAGGUUAGCAUUCAUGUUGCAUAAUUUCAUUCAGCCUUCCAUUUUCAUUGCCUGUUUGAUUGGAACAAUUUCUUUUUGACAAGCUUUGCUUGUCAUAUCAGAUCUCCGUUCUAAAAAAUGUCAGUAUCUUGGCCAGUAAUGAAAACAUUCAAAGUCAUCAACUCUUAAUUAUAACAAAGUUUAGUUCAUCUUUUGGUGCUACCUGGGUAUAAAUCGUUAUAAGAUGAAAACUUACUGCAUCACAGAUUCAAGAGGAGAACAGGUUAGUACUGGUGCAGAAGCCGGGGACAGUGGUAAGGCUACUUGCCUGCCAUGAUAUCAUUGAAAUGCAGUUGUAAAUCGGUGCUAAGCCCAAAACAAACAAGGUGGCACUGCUAUACCCAAUGAGUGAAGUUCAUUGAAGUUUAAUUUUUAUGACGAAAAGCAGAAAAUCACUUUGCAACUUGCAAAAUGUAUGAUUUGAGAUAGAUAGUUGAGUCAAAAUUUAGGAGAUAUGAUUAUUAUAAACCAAAGAUAUACUAGUGUUGUUGUGUGAGCAUUUGUAUCAAAAUGUUACUAUGGUUACCUACUGUAAACCAGGCAGUUUUGUAUAAAAGUGUGAUUUUUUUCAUUCUGAAAGUAUUUUUUUCACACUUUCGUUCUUUGUUGUAAUAUAAAAGCUGUUUUUAAUAUACAUGAAUAAUUUCAAUGAUUUGAUAUGUUAUGGGCAUUUUUCAUGUUAUUGUUAAUGAGUAUUUUUUACCACUGCAGUAAAUUGUCAAAGAAAAUAAUUACCGUCUUUAUCAGAGUUCAGAUUAUUAAAAAAGAUAAUCAGCAAUACAAUGUGUAUGGAAAACAAAAAUAAUCCUGGAUAAGUUUUAUACCUAUCAAAUUACAUAUCAGCUGUUCUGAUUGCAGUUCUGGCAGUUAAAAUGCAAGCAAUUUGGCAGUUUAGUUGCAAUUUUGUUUUACAAUGUAUUUGUAUGAUUGCAAAGUAAUUAUUUGCCUGUAAUGACUUGUUUGAGGUCUAUGGUGUGAAUAUUACAUGUAGAUCUGUUGUUUGUAUGACUGUAUAAGUUCGUGUUUAAAAGGUACUUUUGGUUUCAGUGAGACCUUACCAGUUUUAAGUCUGGCAUAUGGUCAUUAAAAUCUGAAAAUACUAGUUAUGCAAGAAAGAAGCUUUAAUGAGAAAGGGUAAAUAUGUGGUUUCAUUAACAAACUGAAAUAUUUGUUUAUAAAUAUUUCUUACAGUUGUCUGUGCAGUAGCUUAGCAACCUGUUAGGCGCGAACGCCCAUGCUGACCUGUAUAUGAUUUUCACAAGCAUGGUUUGUUAAUUAUUUUUAAAAAGAAAUAGAUUAUGUCUUCAAAUAGAUGACAAAAUGUUUAAGAGCUGUUCUAUAAUUCAAAUUUUACCAGAGGAAUCUUACCCUGGCAUCCUCCUAAUUUAUGUGCCUGCAGGUCAGAGACCACCAAUUCAAAAAAGUACUAUGCCCGAUCUAUGUAUUGAGUACUCUACUUUGAAAGUUCAUUUAAUAUUUCUUUCAUUGCUUCAGUGGUUGUCUAUACUUCAAUUAAGAGAUGACUGGAAGAAAUUUAGAAGAUAAUAAGUUCAUUAUUUAGCAAAACAAGGAAGGGCACAUUGUUUUGUUUGUUUUACAAAAUAAUCUCUUUAUUAAUGCCCCUUGUGCACUACAUUUUGCAAAGGAUUGGGGUGUAUAUUGGCUAAUAACUGGGAUCUUCAUAAAUAAUUAAGGAAAUAUACACUAUAAUACAACUUAUCCUGAAAGAAGCAUUACCAUACCGCUGGUAUUCCUUUAUGACCAAAAUUGUUUAAACAAAUAUAUCUAUUGUUAUUGAAAAUGGGGUCCGUUUGCAUUCAUUAGGAGGAAGGCAUAAAGUAAAGAAUAUAUGGUUGUAAUGUUAAAGAUUCAAGAAAUACAAAUCACUGAGUGGGACUUUAAGUUUUCUUAGUUUUUUAAUUGAUUGUUCUUCUUCACAGAAUUGUUGUUUUAUGACACAUUUUAGUUUAUUUAAAGUUUCUGUUGUUUAGGGUAGUCUAAGUACAGAUUUUUGUUAAUGAUUUGUUUUAAUUUUUAUGUUUCUCGGGUUGCAAGUUGUAAUGAAAAACAGUUGCAAGUUGUAAUGAAAAAAACAUUUCACAGUUUUUGUUGUAUUUUAUUUUUUUGAGCGGCCAUGUUACAACUACUACAAGUUUAUGAAUUUCAAAUUUUGAAUACAUUGGAAAAUAUGAUUUAUCACCAGAAUUUUAGAACAGCAAAUUUGACGUGACUUUUUUACAUAUUGAAGGUUGUUAUGUAUAAAAGAAUUGUCAGACGUCGAAAAAUUAUCAGUUUUCAACAAGAGUGGUUGUUUGUUUAUCCCAGAAUGUCUGUGAUUAUAUACUGAAAAAAUGUUUUGAUAGUUAUCUAUGUCAUUAGUAGAUUUUAUACAUCUUGUACAUACUGUACAUUCAUAUAAUCAUAAGUGCUAUAAAUUUUAUAUGUACUACAACAUUUUUGAAAGCUAUGAUUAUUAAAAUAGAUUUGCAUCAUUUUGAUGCUGAGAAUAUA